AUGUCAUCAGUUCCUUUAAAAAAUUUAGACAAAACAACUAAAUCUCAUUUAGCUGCCACAUAUGCUGCACUUAUCCUCCACGAUGAAGGAUUAAAUAUAAACGGAUAAAAAAUAUUAGAUUUAGUCAAUGCUGCCGGCGUUAAAGACUUCGAAAAAUUCUAUGCUAAAUUAUAUGCAAGCAAUCUUAAUAAUACCAUUAUUGAAUAAGCCAUUGCUACAGGUGGUUAAGGAGCAGCUAGUACCCCAGUUUCCACUUCUGCUGUUUAAGCACCAAACGAAGCUAAAAAAGAAGAUAAGAAACCCGAACCUAAAAAGGAAGAACCUAAAAAAGAAGAAGAAGAAGAUUACGAUAUGGGAGAUCUUUUUGAGGUUGAAUAAUUAAAAAAAUUAACUGCUGAAUAAGCUUCGUUAAAUGAAAAAUGUUAAUAAUUUUUAGAAAAAUUAGAAUCUAAAUAUACCGAAUUGGAAAAAGAUAAAUUUUCAAGAGCAUCAAUUUAAAAAUUAUGUGGAGAAACAAAAUAUGAAAACAUUCAAAAAUUAACUUAAUAUGCCCAUAUUAUGUAUGAAGCAGGAUAAUACGAAUCCUCCUUAAGAAUAAUAAAUUGCUUAUAAAAUUUAGUUAAUGAUGAUAAUAUAGCCUAAUUAAAUAUUUAUUGGGGAAAAUUAAGUGCUGAAUUAAUUUUGGGAAAAUUCGACGAAUCUAAAGAUACAAUUUAAAAUAUACGAGUUAAAAUCGAAGAUAAUUUUAUGUAUGAUAAGUUUAUUUACUAUAUCAUGCUUUAUAUGCAUAUUUUUAACCAAAAUCAAAUGAAGAUUUAAAAUUUCUUAGCAUCCAUAUAAAUGGUAAGUUCUAAUAUGAUAAGAUAUAUAAUUUGUGCUUUAUUAUUAUCUAGAAAUGCUGAAAAUAAUUUAAGUUAUUUCUUAUCUUAAGUUCAAAAAGAAAUAUUUGAUUAUAAAGAUGAUUUAGUAAAAUUCACAAGAUUACUCUUAGUAGAUUUUUAAUUCAAAUAAGCUGAAGAAGUUUUAAAAACAUUAGAAUAAACAAUUAAUAAUGAUUAUUUUUUAUCUUUCCAUAAAAACUAAAUUGUUAUUGCUGCUUAACAUUUAUUUUUUAAAACAUAUUGUAGAAUAUUUGAUAUAGUAGAAAUUAAGAUGGUUAGCUCAUUUUUAAAUUGUAGUAUUGAAGAUGCUGAAAUGUGGAUUGUUAAUUUUAUUAGAAAUUCUUCUAUUUAAGCUAAAAUCGAUUCUGAAACUGGAGUUGUUAAAAUUAUUCCUUAAACUUCUUUACUACAAAAUAAUUUAAAAAGAUUAAUUACUUAGAAAUGA